UUGUGGAGGUUUUAAUUCUUCUACAGCAGCUGGCCGCCGAAACGUAGCUUCUUGGCUGGAAAAAGAGGGACACAAGAGGAAAAUACUGAUAUCAAAGCACAAGAAUCUCACGUGCUGCUAUAGGAGUUUUAUUGUGAAACAAGUUACCAUGAAAUGCUCUGUUCUCAACGCUACAAAGAGGGACAACACCAUGAAGAAAGUUUCUGGUGCUCCAGACGACUCUAUCAUUCGUCUCAAAAUGUCUCCAGUGAAAGACAACAGCCCUACCAAACCUCAGAGUUCAUCCAAAGAAAUUUCAAAGGUGUUCUCAGCCAAGAACAACAAAGAAAGCAACAACAGCAGAGAUCCUGUGAUCCUGGAUAACUGCUUUGAGGACAGUGGCUAUUUAUCUUUGCACAACAGUCACAUCGACCCUAACGUAGAAGGAGAGAAUAAUCGCACACCAGGAAAACUGACCACAGUGCAUCAAGAAAAGACUAUUUCAUCAAAGAAAUCUUCUAAAAGUCAAGGAAAAGCUAAAGUUAGUCGUCCACUGUUUCUGGAAGCUGCCACUACUCCUGUGGUUCGUCUUAAACCAAAGACGACCAGAGCAUUAUCAUCCACCCCCUCCAACAAUUGCAGCCCCUCCAAUCUACCCAUCUUGAAGUUUCAGCAGGAUGUGUGUGAAGCUCUUUCUAGGAGCUUCAAAAAGAAUAAGAAGUAUGACUUCAGCAUUAUUAAAGACGUUGCAGAUAAGCAUAAUUUGGAUCGUGUGAUUGGACGCCAAAUGGGCUUGGAGUAUGUUGACGUGUUUUCAUCUUUGCUGUCCAUGAAUAUGAGGAUCAUUUUAGGCAACAUCCUGGCUCUGCUAGGAGAUCUGGACCUCAUUAGCUGUAAAAAAGUGAGCAAAACAUGGAAAAAAAUCAUCUGCGAACAGAAAGAAGCCUUCAGCAGGUGUCAGCAAGCUGAGGAGAAACUUAUGGAGUCUAGCAGCGCUCUGACGCAGCUCACUUGUGGUCUGACACGAGACGUCUCCGAGUCCCGGGUGGUGCUGUCCUGCAUGCAGGCCGUGGCCUCGUCAAGCGCUCCGUCCUCCUCCGAUCAAAGCUGCAGAGCCGUGAGACGCACGGCUGCCUCCCUAAAGAGCAGCACGCCAGUACCUCAGUGUUCUCGCCACAAUGAGUUUGUGCAGACCGCCAGCCGUCUGAAACGGCACCAGUGUCAGUAUAAAUGCAGGCGCUGUGGCUCACCAGCGACCGACAUGCACGAAGAGCAGAGGGCAACGUGCACUCGCUCUAGCUGUCUUUUCGACUUCUGCACGCACUGUCAGGAAACGUUUCACGGCUCGACCCCGUGCCGAACGGUGCAGCCCAAAUCGCACUUUACCGCCAACACGGAGUCCUCAACUCCUUCGGGUAGCGCUCGCAGCAAAAGAAGCCUGAAGCGCUUGUGAGAACGGAUCAUUUCGAGCUUUACUCAGACUUUUUUGGUUGUUGUUUUUAACCGAAGGCUGUGUCUUUUCCAGCACCUCAAACUGAACUUUGCACAACGUUUCAGUUGCUCAUUCUGGAAAUUUUAAUGCUUGGCAUUCAGCCUUCAAUUGUAAAAAUUUAAUGUUUUCUUUUAAAAAGGAUAUUUGUGUAAAUCUACUUUUAAAUACAUUUUAUA